AUGCCAGAUAUCCAAAGAGGCGGACGCAAGUCUGUCAUCGAAAAUGUUCACGUUUUUGACGGAGCCGGUUUUACCGAAUGCCGGUUUGUGGUAAUAGAUGGUGGCAUGAUUGGUAGCAACCCGCAAGGAGCAGAGGAGAUAAUUGAUAGACAUGGCCGUUUUCUUAUACCUCGCUUAAUUGAUGCCCAUGUUCAUCUACAUCAUGAAGGGCAUCUGCAAGAACUUGCAAGCUACGGAGUGACCACGGCCUUAGACAUGGCGAUGUGGCCUGCCGACAAAAUGAACGGACUACGAGAAAAUCCCGGUCUACCAGAUAUACGGAGUGCCGGACUACCAGGCACGGCUGCCGGUAGCAUUCACAGCUGCAUGCUGCCUCUCCCGGAGGAAGCGUUACUAUCCGGUCCCGAGCAGGCCGAAAGUUUCGUGCAAAGGAGGAUCACGGAAGGGUCUGACUAUAUCAAACUUAUCUCAGACGUUCCUGGGCCAGUCCAAGAGACUCUAAAUGCUGUUUCUCCUGCUGCACACCGGAAACAUAAGAUGGUUGUGGCACAUGCUUCGGCUAUCAAACCGUUCAAUAUGGCAUUGGAGGCCAACGCAGACAUCAUAACCCAUGUACCACGAGAUGAGCCUAUCGCUACAGCUACUGUGCAGCGGAUGGCUGAAAACAAAGUUGUCUCCGUGCCGACAUUAACGAUGAUGCAAGCAACGUCUUCAAGGCCGCCCCUUAGUGCAGCGCUCGGUAUGAUGGUUUCAAAGCCUUCACUUUUUAUGGCUAUCUUGAGAGCUAAGAGGAAUGGUCGAGGUGAACAGACCCAUGAGAAUGCUAGGGAUUCAGUCAUGGCUAUGUACCGUGCUGGCGUUCCCAUCCUUGCCGGCACUGAUUGUCACGACGAGCCGAAUUCAUUUUUCGAAGUCAAGCACGGAAUGGCUUUACAUCGGGAACUCGAGCUUCUCGUUGAGGCAGGCUUGGCCAUCCUUGAUGUCUUGCGUGCGGCAACAAUUUUGUCAGCAGAGCAUUUCAAGAUCUUUGAUCGGGGCAUUAUUGCUGAAGGGAAACGAGCUGACCUUGUUCUCCUGCGUGAAGACCCGACGAAGGAUAUACUUGCAUCGCGUAGUAUCGAUCGGGUUUGGUGUGCCGGAAUUGAAUUCAUGCAUAUUGCAUAG